AUGGCUCCCAAGCCUAGCUCGGCCAGGGAGAAAUCCCCAGGGAAGUUUCGCGCUGGCGUCCACCCGCCCUCUCCCAUGGGCUCUCGACACUCCUCCGAUGAUGGCCGGACUGUCUCAUCCCUGGACCGGAAACUUUCAUUGGAGGAGCAGGGCGAGCAGCCAGAGGAGACCCAAUUUCACUUCUUUACGACCCAUUUGAACUCAGUCAUUCAAGCAGCCAGUAUUGACGAGUUGACCUCCUUUUAUAAGCCCUUUGACACUCUGUUGGAAGCCGGGGAACGCUCGAGAAUAUGGUGGUUGCAUGUUACAUCUCCAUCCGAUGCGGAUAUUGAGAAGCUGUCCAACAUGUUUGACAUCCAUCCGCUCACGACAGAGGAUAUAAAGAUGCGCGAGUCUCGGGAGAAGAUUGAACUAUUUGGGCCCUAUUACUUCCUCUCGCUGAGACCCCCGCGCCUUAUCGCCAUGCCCGAUGAGGUUCGAGCCUUGUCGCUUAAUGUGUAUGCCAUCGUGUUUCGGGAGGGUGUGUUGAGUUUCACCUUUGGAAACAGCUCUCAUGCGAGCCAUGUCCUCCAGCGUAUCGAAGAGCAUCGUAGUCACCUUGCGCUGACAGGCGACUGGAUCUGUUAUGCCCUCAUCGACGAUAUUGUCGACGGCUUUGCUCCGUACAUCGACCGCAUCGAGACGGGCGUUGAAGUGAUGGAGGAUGGCGUCUCAAUUGCCCGUCCUGAUGAUAUUGGAGUGGCUCUGCAGCGUAUAUAUAAAUUUCGCAAGGAGGUCAUACGCAUACGACAGCUUCUCAACGACAAGAUCGACGUCCUUCGGUCUUUCGCGCGGCACUGUGGCGGAAGCUCCCCAAUGGCUGAAAUUGCUCUCUAUCUCAGCGAUAUCCAGGACCAUGUGCUGACCAUGAUGGCCAACUUGUCUCAGUCGGAGGAGAUGCUUUCUCGGUCCCAAUCCAAAUACCUGGGCCAGCUGUCCUGGGAUUCGACGCGGAUGCGGAAUGAGAUCGUUGCCACCCUCAGUCGGCUGUCCGUGAUCGGGGCCAUCAUUGUACCGAUGCAAUUCAUCACGGGGUUAUUUGGCAUGAAUAUCAGAGUGCCGGGCAAGGGAAGAGGAGAUGGCACGGAACCAGGCACACCAGGACUCUAUUGGUGGUUUGGCAUAUUUGGUGUGAUUCUGAGUGUUAUCUGUUCUUGUUUGCUGAUAGCCAAGAAGAUGCGGGUGAUCUGA